UUGUCAAAUGCUGUUAUCGGGGACUCUUGUAUGGAUUCUGGUGCCCAGUAUUUAUCUGCUCGGUGCACAGUGUGACCCUAAUGUCACAGAAGAUGUAGAUAUACUUGAGGAAAUUAUAAAUGAAACUUCAACCAGUGAUGUAGAUAUACUUGAGAAUAUUUAUGAUGGUCCUUCCAACAAUUGUCCUCCCAGCAAUUGGACUUCACAUAAAGCAGAACUAAUACAACAAAUCGAUGCCAUAUUAAAAGAAGGAUGCGAUCAUGAUAUGGUCAAUAGUGCUCGCAAAACAAUCGAAGAGGCUUUUGCGCAGAUUGAUAGGCUAUUUAGUCCUAAUUCUAGCUUCAGCAUAGGAACUGAGUCACCACUAAAAACAACAACAACGACAACAACGACAACAACGACAACGACAACACCAGCACCAACAACGACAACAACAGCACCAACAACGACUACGACAACCGUUAAACCGAUUAAAUACUGUGGUUGGAACAAUGAAAAACGUUGCAUCAAACGGUGGAAAUGUGAAAAUCCAUCGGUAAGGGAAGGGAAAUAUUUGAUAAAUAUUAAGAAUAGCAGAGUAUGUCAUUACCUGGAGACUUGCUGCUCUACUGAGAAUUUGCUCAACAAAUGGACACAGCCUCAUCAACCUGAUAACGAGGAUUUACAAUGCGGCUAUGCGAAUAAUAAGGGCCUUUUUAUGACAAUCGAGGGCAACGAUCGAGGUGAAUCGGAUUUUGGAGAAUUUCCCUGGACUGUGGCUAUAUUUACCACCUCGAAUGCUUAUCGUGCUGGAGGUUCUCUGCUCGCACCCAAUGUCGUGCUAAGCAGCGCUAGUCUAUUGAAUAAAGACAAUGCGAUGAAGGUUCGAGCUGGCGAUUGGGAUCUGAGAACAGACAAUGAGAUUCUGGAGUAUCAGGAGAGAUUGGUGAAGCAAACAGUAACUCACCCCAACUACUUAUUCGAUACCUCUGAAAAUGAUAUUGCACUGCUCAUUCUCGAGUCGGACUUCAACAUGAAGUCGAAUAACAAGCACAUCAGGCCCAUCUGUUUGCCUCCCAAAAAUAUUGUGGUGGACUACGACAACUGCAUUGUUUCCGGCUGGAAUAAAAGACCCAUAGCCGGUCGAUUGAUGUUGACAAGCAUGCUGCUAAGUAUCGUCGAUUGUACAAUCGGACCAAAAUAUGACUCAAUCUUGUGUGUGAAAGGUCAGAACUCAAAUCUCAAGUUCUCCACUGGAUCGGCACUAGUUUGUCCUAAAGCUCACGACAGCACCAAUCGGUAUUAUCAGGUUGGUGCCUGGAGCCAUGGAUCUGGCACAAAUAACACCAGGUUUGCUAAUAUACCCAAUCUUCUGGAUUGGAUAAGUGCUGAACUCGCCAAGCUUCAGAUUAAUCUUGAUACUUGAAAAAAUUCGAUUUUUGAUUACAUUUCCACAUUUAAUUUGUAGUAUAUGUUCGUCAUAAUAAAUAUAAUACUAUCGCUCAUCAA